AUGAUAUUUGGAUCGGAAUGGAGCAUACGAUUUUUGUCCUCUUGUUCAUUCUGGCAUUCAGACGGUACAUUCAAAGUUCGUCCAUUAUUCUUCGAACAACUUUAUAUAGUUUUCGGUUUUCAAAACGGAUUCAUGAUACCAUGUACAUAUUCUUUAACUACACGGAAAAAUUCCGUUGUCUACACGAAAAUAUUGAGACAUUUAAUAGAAUAUGGUAAAAAGUUGAAUGUUGAAAUGAAUCCACAGCGCCUGACCUGCGAUUUCGAACAAGCCACAAUAAAUUCUUUUGUCGAUAUUUUUCCACAUAUCAAAAUCAAUGGCUGUUUCUUCCAUUAUGCUCAAUCGCUGUGGAGAAAAAUUCAGGAAGUUGGUAUGAUGCGUCAUUUUGAAAAAACAAAUGACAAUAAGACUGUAAUACCGAAGAGUGAACGAAAAAAAGCUGAUCAUAUUUAUGAAUUUGUCCGAUUGUUACGUGAUGAACAUUCGUUCCAGCAUCAUCAAACUGCAGCAUCGGAAAUACGCGCUCCAAAAAGAAAGAAACUAUAUAUCGAUAUUGACAACAAGUUGAAAGAAUUACUUCAUGGCUUUGCUACCGGUAUAGUGAAUGAAGUUGAAUUAGUUAUAAAAUGUGAUAGAGCAGCUAAAACUACCUAA